CCAUAAUGCACCGCGCAAAGCACCCAACAGGCAAAGAUGGCGGCAUUUCCGACCUGGUUGUGUUCCUGAACUUUUGUACUUUGUUCUUUUGGUGCAAAUACGUUGCUGCUGUUCCACUCCGGUUCGAGUUGUCAGUUUGCGGUAGUUCAGGACGGUAGCGCUGCUCGUUUGUGCGGGUUGUCAGUGCUUCGUGUUGGAUAACUCGUUUAUCUCGUGUCGGUUAACCGUCAGCAGCAGCCGACAGGAAACGGCCGUGACAGCAGGCUAGCAUCUCUCCAGCACAGCUAUGAAGGAGGCUUUGUCCCUGGUUCAGAGGCUGAGCGGACAUCCGGACUCCCGGUGCUGGUUCGUCAGCUGGAGCCCGUCGGGGACGCUGCUGGCCUCAUGCGGAGGCGACAAGGCCAUCCGGAUAUGGGGCCGCGAAGGUGACUCGUGGGUGUGUAAGAGUGUGCUUCAGGACGGACACCAGCGCACUGUGAGGAAAGUGGCCUGGUCUCCCUGUGGGAAUUAUCUGGCCUCUGCCAGCUUCGACGCCACCACGUGCAUCUGGAAAAAGAAGGACGAUGAUUUUGAGAGUUUGACCGUGUUGGAAGGACAUGAAAAUGAGGUCAAGUGUGUGGCGUGGGCACCUUCAGGGAAUCUGCUGGCGACGUGCAGCCGAGACAAGAGCGUCUGGGUCUGGGAAGUGGAUGAAGAAGACGAGUACGAGUGCGUUACCGUCAUUAACUCUCACACACAGGAUGUGAAGCACGUUGUGUGGCACCCGACCCAGGAGCUGCUGGCUUCAGCCAGCUACGACAACAACAUCUGUAUUUACAAGGAAGAGGAUGAUGAUUGGGAGUGCCGGGCCACCCUGACAGGACACACGUCCACAGUCUGGAGUUUGUCUUUUGAUAAAACUGGACAGAGGCUGGCGUCCAGCAGCGACGACCGCACCGUGAAGAUAUGGAAGGAGUAUCCAAGUGAGAGUGGACAGGGAGACCUGUCAUGGAAGUGCGUCUGCACUCUGUCUGGGUACCACGGACGAACAGUGUAUGAUGUCGCCUGGUGUCGGCUGACCGGCGCCCUUGUGACGGCCUGUGGCGACGAUGCCGUGCGAGUAUUUAAGGAGGACGAGACGGCCGACCCCGACCAGCCGGUGUUCUCGCUGGCUGCUCAGGUCCCCAAAGCUCACAGUCAGGACGUCAACUGUGUCAACUGGAACCCGAAAGAGGCGGGACUCCUGGCCACCUGCAGCGACGACGGAGAGAUCGCCAUCUGGAGGUUCAAAGAGGAAGACUGAACGCUCACGUCAUCACUUGCCUCGUACUGAACGUGAACGGUACACGUUACACUGGGAACUGUGGUCAGCACAGGUACUGUUCACUCAGCUGGAUGUGAGCGUCUGUCACUUUAUCUUUCAUGUCUGCUUCUACACUGAUAACGAUGCUUCAGUGCAUUUGUCAAUGCUUCUUUAUAGCAGCUCAAUUAAGAGUUUGAUGUUUCAUUUAUAUAAAUAAACAACCAAAAAAAACAACAACUG